CUGCCUGUCUCCGUGCAUCUCCCAUACCCCCGGGCCUCCCCUCCUACAACCCCCAAUCUUGAGAUCGGCCACACUGGCUUUGCGGCCUCUUGCCACUCAGGAUACUUCGCGAUACAACUACGGAAAUACAUUGUCCAGAAGCAACGCUCUUCUCUCGCCACUAUUCUUGUUGGGUAGCCGCGGCAUGCUCCUCGGGUUGUAAAGAUGACGAGGCUCCGCGGAGCUUCCGCGAGCUCAUAUGACGCCGCGCGUGGUGCUGGUUCCGACCGAUCUCAUUUCCACCGAUCCAAACUCCCCCCAAACGCGCCAGAGGUUGUUGUUCUAAAUACAGUCGACGUUUCCGACCCUGCCCAGGUCUUGCUCUGGUAUCGCGAUGAGCGACGGCGCCAAUUCAACCUUCUUGUGCGCAGAUAUAAAAACCAGCUUCUAUACGGCUGCCAAGAUCCUGGCUGUCAGACCCCAACCUGCGCAAGCUGUCGGAGACGAAUUACCGAGGGACCAUACCGUCGUUAUACAGAAUUGAGCGCCCGGACGUUGGCUUGCUACUUAGCAAGUGUCGAUAAUGCCGAAGCAGGGCUCUGUUGCAACGCACCUCGCGUUCCAUACGAGCUCUAUCCACGCGAAACGCAUCGCCGACCGAAACGCCGAAUUCGCACGCCGAUCGAGCCCGCACAGGAGCCCGGCCCGAUAAGGAGAUAUCGCAAUGGUGCAGAGGAUGUUCCACCGGGUUCAUCAAGGUUACAGGGUAGUUCAAAGCUGCCUGAGUCAGGCAACAGCGCGGCGCAGGGCACGCCUCAGGAGCUGCCACCGCAUGAACAGCAAGUGACACUUUCGGAUAAUGAUCAAGCCGGCGCAGCCCAGAGAUUGAAGGAUCCGAAGUCGUUUACACAAAACCUUUUUGAUACACUAUCGUUAAGAAUGAUAGAGUGGCUACCGCUACGGCGCUCCCCGAAUACACUUGACACGGAUAUCGAUCCGUACCAUUCUCUACCCGAGUCUCAGCCCCCUAAGUCCGAGCCCGAGCGAACGCCGUCACAUCCUGAACGGACAAGACCGCGCCUGAGCCGGCAGCGUACACCUCAAAAUGCAGCACUCUCUGGCGGUACACCGCAUACCCCUACUGGUACUAGUCAAAAUACCGCGUUAGAGUUAACGGUGCCAAUAACGCUUACGGAAAUGGAUCAAUGGCGGCGAAGCGGGCGGUCCAGCUUGGAUGAAAAAGCCCACCAUGAGCUCAAACCCGCGCGCAAGAUCCCUGCGAAUACUCAUGCGAAUAAUGAUGAAAUGCUCAAUGUACCCUCACCACCCGCGCUGAGGCACCGCCCUCAGAAGCACCGGGGGAGGACUGGGGAUAUCGACGACAGCGCUGACAUGCCUGUGCAGGAGAAGAAAGAGCGGCGGGUCUCUUGGGACGGGGCCAAAUGCUUGAACAACGUCCAGUUUGUUGAUUUUCUGGAACCCGUAAGGUCUGUUGAAGAGUAUCUUCCUUCGCAAGCUCAGUCACCUUCCGAGCGGAGGCCCAGGCGUCGGAGCCUUAGUCGGAGACAAUCAGCGGCAACCGUUCAAUCGGUGAGCCAUCUCAACAGUGAGGUGGUAGACGGAUUGGCGCAGAUGAUAGCCUCCUCCGAGGAUGAGAAGGAACGGUGGUCCAAAGAGCUGGCUUGUAUAGAGUCUACCGGUAGCUUCGAAGAUUCAGAUUGGCGGUUCGCAAAUCCACGGCAGCGUCAGGCUUACAAUUUCAUUGCUCAGAGCGUGUUCUACGCCUUGGGCAGCACCAAACAAAUUCUCAAAUCGUUCCAAAAGGAUACAGUUGACCCUUCCGAGUCGGAUCAGAGCGACUCAACUUGCAACCUCGACCUGCGCCAGCUACAACCAUCCUUUGCUAAACUUCUCAGUAUAUGUCCCCGAGAUCUUGUAUUUCAUAGUUUAUGGAGUGCGAUGGAAUCGUUGUUCGUGCCUCCGCACGAGCUUUCCAUAUCAGGUAGACGGUCGCGUCGUUCAUCGUGCAAUUCCAGCACGUCCGCUUCCGUGCCUACACCUAUCAUCCGUCGAUCCAGCUCAGUAGGCAUGGAGCAUCUUACAGAUGCCAAUGCUGCCGACGUUGCCACCGUCACCAUGUUCGCUCUAGCCAGCGCUCUCCCUAAGAUCGAUGCACCUACGUGGCGCGCAAUCCUCCAGAUGCGUGCUGCAGGAGGCGUGGCGUCUGGCUUGGAGAUGCAAAAGCACUCGGUGCCUAGGUCAAGAGUGAUGGUCGAGACCGCCGACAUGUUUGAGCAUGAGCUUGCUUUACGACUCGUUGAUCGCUUGGUGCGGGGUCUCACGGCACGCCUGGCGUUCAAUGAGAUUUCAAAGGCGCGCCCGAUAUACUCCCGAGAUACGUCCAAAAACCGCAAGGAUAGCGCCCUGGAUCUUCUCGUGGGGAAUCUCAUCGAGGAAUACAACGCCAUGUCGUCUGAUAGCCCCGACCAGCAGCAGCCGCUCCAGCCAGGGGCACCUUCGUUCAUCGCUGAGUGGCUCCGGACACUGCUGCUGCGGGCAUGGGAUGGAAAUCCCGAAAUGCCCAAGAGCAGUUCCGCCGGUGGCGCUGUGCAGAUUCUAGCCAAGUUGUAUAAGGAGAGGAACCGCCUUGGACUUGCGCCGGAGGACUUUCACACUUCUUUUCUCUCCGAGAGAUUGGAGCAGCUGGAUAUGCCAGUGGAAUGGCUCGGCAGGUUACCGAAUAACAAAACAAUGCAUCUGUUGUCGUAUCCGUUCCUUUUCCCGCCGUCCGCGCUUGUGAUCUAUUUUCGCGCAUUGAAUUAUGCGGUCAUGUCGAAAUACUACGAAGCGGCGUUGACUACGACAAGGCACGUCACACAAACUGCUUUUGGGCCUAUUCACAUUCAAGAUGAUGUCGGACUCCUGGCACGCAUGAAGACUUCGAUGACCACUUACCUCGUUCUCACCGUCCGGCGUGACAGCGUCCUCACAGACGCGCUCAACCAGCUUUGGCGGCGCGAAAGGCGCGAGCUAAUGCGCCCGUUGAAAGUGCAGAUGGGCAUGGAUGAGGGCGAAGAAGGUCUUGAUCACGGCGGAGUCCAGCAGGAAUUCUUCCGCGUCUUGAUGGCAGAGGCUCUGGAUCCAGCAUACGGCAUGUUCACGUUGGAUGGGCGUACCCGCAUCUCGUGGUUUCAGCCGUGCUCGUUGGAGCCACUCUACAAAUUCGAGCUUCUUGGGCUGCUGAUGUCCCUGGCCGUGUACAAUGGCCUCACACUUCCGAUCAACUUCCCCACGGCGUUUUACCGAAAGCUGCUCGGGCUCAAGGUCAAGCAGCUGGAUCAUAUUCGGGAUGGCUGGCCGGAUUUGGCCAAGGGGUUGGAGGGCCUACUCACGUGGGACGAGGGUGAUGUCGGGGACAUAUUCCUGCGGACCUACGAAUUCAGCUACGAAGUGUUUGGGAAUGUCGAGACUGUGGACAUGCAGAAGAUUGAUAAAGACGCCCCGUGGCCGAUUCCACUCCUGCCUCUUCGACCACCCUUAAAUGGAACUCGGUCUCUCGGGUAUUCGCCACCAUGGUCGGAGGUCCAUCAUUACACGGAUCACGUUAAUCUGAGCCCCCCCUCGUCGAUGGCGGCGGAAACGGCGGGUUCGUAUCGGGAUGUCACCAAAUCAGUCGAUCCGCUGCCCCCGGUCCAAUCUCCGACUCCGCCGGCAGAGGAAGCCUGUCUCGUGACGAAUGCGAACCGCGGACAGUUCGUGAAGGAUUACAUUUUCUGGUUGACGGACAAGUCCAUCCGGCCACAGUUCGAGGCCUUCGCCAAAGGUUUUUACACCUGCUUGGACCGGACCGCACUGUCGAUCUUCACCGCUGAGUCAUUGAAGACCGUGGUGGAAGGGAUCCAGACAAUAGAUGUGCGGGAGCUGGAGCGACACGCACGGUAUGAGGGUGGGUUCAGCGCCAGCCACCGGGUGAUCCGUGACUUCUGGAAUAUAGUGCGACGCUAUCCCGCCGAGAAACGGGCACAGUUACUGGAGUUUGUGACGGCUAGUGACCGGGUGCCGGUCAAUGGGAUUGCGAGCAUCAUGUUUGUGAUUCAAAAGAAUGGAGUUGGGGAUGCUCGUCUCCCCACGAGUCUGACGUGUUUCGGACGACUGCUACUACCUGAAUAUUCAUCGAGGAGUGUUUUAGAGGAGAAGCUGAGCAAAGCGUUGGAAAACGCACGAGGAUUUGGCGUUGCUUGAGAGGACAUACAUACCCUGGGCUGUAUAAUUUUAUCUUAUCUACUUGGUACUUAUUCGUAAGGGUCAUACAUAGGCAUGGUUGGGUGAACAUUUGGGCGACUUUCUAGGGAUUGUUAAUAUGGGAAAGAAAAUGG